GUGCUGCUCCCCACGUGCAGACACACGAAUGCAGUGCUGCUGGGGUGAGUGCAGUGAGGUCACUAGGACUAUGGUGACAUCACUGAACAACAGGCUGUGAUGCCACCAAGCUUUGGGCACUGGCAGGGCCUGGCUCAGUCAGUCUCGUGCCUGGACUCCUGCCGAGCGAGUGUGUGAGGCUUGGAGGUGGAGCGAGGAUUUUGCUUGUGUGUUGGGCUGUGCUUUGGGGACUGCUGGCAGCUGCUCUCAGUGCCCAUCCCUACAGCCAUCACCUGUAAUCCCCUGGCCUGCCUGGCUCAGGCAGCCGGGGCCCCACAAAGUGCACGUGCAGCAGCACAGUGCUCAACUUUCAACACUGAGGCACUGGUGAGGAAGAACAGUUCAUCUUCAUUCCCCAUCAGGCCACAGCGUGAAGACCAUGGCAGCAGAGGAGGAGUGGACAUGUCCUAUCUGCCGUGACGUGCAAAAGGACAUUGCCUACGCAGUGCCGUGCCGUCACGAGUUCUGCCUCGGCUGCAUCCUGCGGUGGGCCAUGCAGAAAGAGACCUGCCCGCUCUGCAGGAGGAUUAUGACAGUUGUUAAGGUUGCUGCGUGGGAUGACGACAACGACCUGGAUUUCACCAUCUCUCCCCCAGCACCACCACUACCUGCCUGCUUCCAGGCUGGCAUCGCCUACAUCUACCGCCGCCAGCAUGAUGUGCCAUCCCCUCCAGAGGAGCAGGAGGAUAUGGAGGCAGAGGAGGGGCCUAUGGUGGGUGGUCUCCUGCUGGAGGUCUGGGCAGCCCUGUUCAGGCAGCACCCGGAGAUCCUCGACCCUGUGCUGCCAUGGCUGCGCCAGGAGCUGCGAGCCAUCUUUGGGACACAGUGGUGGGAGGCAAUGGCGGCAGAGAACCUCAUCCUGAACACCCUGUGUAACAUCGGGCUGGACACCGAGGCCCUGACCCAGCUGCUGCGGCCUGCCCUGGGGGACAGAGCGGAGACGCUCAUCCAGGGCCUUGUGGACGCUACUGUGAACCGCUGGGGCGAGGAGGCCCACGGGCAGCUGGGCCUCCAGGGCGUCCACGUGUCCACAGGGCAGGAGGAGGGCCCUGCAGACAGGGGGCAGGAGGACAGCUCUGUGGCUGCCCCUGGCCCCACAGCCUCCCCACAGGGGACCACCACAUCAAGCCCCAGACCCAACAGCAGCACAGGAAAUGUCAACGGAGAGGAGCAGCCCAGCACAGCAGAGGCUGUCCUCCAUGGAGAUCCCAGUGACACCGCUGCUGUGCACAUCCCCACGGAACACGAGGAGCCCCACAAGGAGAUGGAGCAGGCAGCAGCAGCAGGUGUCUCUGCCCAGGGCAGCAGCCCCUCUGCUCCUGGCCACUCGCCUGGGAGCGCCCGGCGGCCCCGUAAGAGGAGGGCUGGCAGUGAGCUGGACCCACAGCAGCCCUGCAAGAGGCCACCUCCUCGGAGGCACUAGCAGGGAUUGCACCUCUCUUUAAUUAAAAAAUAAAAAAUAACUUUAAAAAAAGACUCAUGUCAUUUGAAUGUGUAUAUUUGGACUGAGCACAACUUUAAGAUGUUCUGCAAAGCACGCAUGUGAAACACGCAUCAGUACCCAUUCAUACUGAGACCCUUUCAAAGUUUUUAUGUGGCAGAUUUAAAUCAAUGACACUGUACCUUCAAACCAUCAUUAAAAAGAAGCAUGUAGAUUUAAGACACAGAACGACACUCAAUGUAGGCAACAAUUCUGGAAUUGCAUUUGUUAAACAGACAUACUCUGGUCU